GCUUGCUAAAAAACUCAAUAAUAUUUUCGCCUAUUUCCUCUUCUCCUUCCAUGUAGAGAGAGAGAGAGAGAGAGAGAGAGGAGAGGAUAAUAGCAAGUUCUCUCUGUUCGAAACAGAGCAGUUCAUUUUCGAAACAGCAAAGAUUCCAACUUUAUUUGGAAUUGCUUCCUCUAAAAGCAAAUAUUUGAAGAUUUUCUCACUUGUAGGUACCAGCAAAUGGGCUCUUCUUUUUGUUCACCAUGCGUUUUAUUCGCCACUAAUUAAAAAGACAAAUCAUGUUCUAGAGACAAAAUAAAAUGGCUGUGUUGGUCCCCGGAGUCCUACUCAAACUCCUGCAGCACAUGAACAAGAGUGAUGCGGAAAUUUCAAGCGACCACCGUGCUUCUCUCCUUCAGGUCAUUGGCAUUGUUCCCGCCCUCGCGGGUGGAGACCUCUAUCCGAACCACGGCUUUUACCUUAAGGUCUCUGACUCCUCCCACGCGACCUACGUUUCCCUCCCCGACGAGGACGAUGAUCUCAUCUUGAGCGAUAAGAUCCAACUAGGCCAAUUCAUAUACGUCGAUUGCCUCGAGGCGGCCUCCCCGGUCCCUGUUCUAAAAGGUGUCAGACCGAUCCUUGGCCGCCACCCCUGCAUUGGCAGCCCUGAAGACCUACCAACCACGAGGUCAGAAAUACGGAAUCUUGAGAAACUCAGAGUGGCAAACGGAUCGAAGGACACAAACUUAUCGUCAGAAAACGAAAAGGAUAAGCCGAAGAGACUGAAUCUGAAUCCGAAGGACGAGGGGCUGGAAAACAAGAGGGCUGCAUUGAAUAAGUCGAGCUCUUCGGUGUCAAAACAAUCGGAGGCGAGAUCGGCAGCUAAGUCGAUACCGUCGUCCCUGACGAGCUGUUAUUCGUCGCCCGCGUCGUUUGAUAAGUCAUUGAGCGGAGUUAAGAAUCAGGCCAAGACUGCAGCUUCUGGGCUGGGCUUGUUGGAGCAAGCGGCUUGUGUUCUAAAGGCGACUGCAGCUGGAAGGAAACCGUCGGUUGGAAAUUCGAUAGGGAAUCUGGCAAUUGGGGCGGCCGCGGGUCCCAAGGCAUUGAGGAAGAGCUGGGAAGGGAAAGUAGAGCCCAGGUGGCGGGACAAUUCGAAUCCAAGAGCGGCUAAGAGCGAGACUAAACCCGAAGCUCGGAGCACUUCGGUCCCUAGAAGGAAACCGUCGGCAGAUGAGAAACCACUGGCUAAAGAAGACAACAAAGUUCAUGCGCCGGCAAAGAAAGGCAAUGGCGCUCCGACGACAACUCUAGAUGAUUCUGAGAAGUCGAGUAAGCAACGGAAUCCUUCUCUAAAGAAGGCGAUUGAGACCCCAAAUAGUCUAUCCCUUAACAACCUAGUCAAGGUUGUUCCGAGGAAUCGAAAAUUGACGGAAAACAGUGCUUCUUGGGGAUCACUUCCAUCUUCUCUAGCAAAGCUUGGGAAGGAAGUGCUGAAGCAUAGGGAUGCAGCUGAAACAGCUGCUGUUGAGGCCAUCCAAGAAGCUUCUGCUGCGGAGACCCUGUUACGGUGCCUUAGUGUAUAUGCCGAGUUAAGGUCGUCGGCGAGGGAGGACGCUCCGCAGCCCGCAGUGGAGCAGUUCCUGUCUCUCCACGCCACCCUCGCCCGCGCCUCCCUCGUUGCAGAAUCCCUUUCGAAAGCUGCCCCAGGCUCGCUGUACCCGGCGGCCCAAGAGGACGCCCUCCGUGUCUCCUCCGACCAGCGGCGGCUCGCCGCCUCGUGGGUGCAUGCUGCCCUCUCCACCGACCUCUCCGCAUUCACCCUCUACGGCCCCAAACCUCUGAUGCCGCCGACAUCCGCCGCAGCUCUGGCGGCUGUGGCAGCUGUGGCCAGCGACAGUGCUGCACGGGGCAGCGGCGGAGCGGGCUCGAAGAUCUCCGCAGCCUCCAGGAAUAGGCUGUCGGCGGCGGCGAUAGUGAAGCAGCGAGAGGCGGCGCCGUGGGUGCGGUGGGAAGGGACGGAGGAGGGGGUGGAGCUGGGGCGGGCGCUGAGGGAGGAGACGACGGGGUGGUUCGUGGGGUUCGUGGAGCGGUUCCUGGACGCCGAUGCGGCGGCGGCGGCAGUGGCGUGGGAUCGGGAUCGGGUUGCGGGUAUGUUGUCGCAGCUGAAGAAGGUGAACGACUGGCUCGGCGGCGUCGGGCGGAGCGUAGGAGAGGCGGCAAUGGAGGAGGACGAGGAGGAGGAGGAGGGCGGGGACGGAGGCGGCGUGCCGGCGGAGACAGUGGAGCGGCUGAGGAAGAAGAUCUACGAGUACCUGCUCACGCACGUGGAGUCUGCCGCGGUCGCACUCGGCGGCGGCGGCGCAAACCAAGCGCGGCCGUCAUCUGGUGGCGGCGGCGGAGAUCGGCCCGUGCGGAAAGGGUGACAGAGGAGGUUGCCAGGCGGUCACGAAUUACGAGGUGGAUACUUAGUACGUCACAGAUGGCACAGUGACUCGGAGGGAAUUCCAGAAUUCUUUUGCUUCCGCAUGCAGAUAUAUUAUUAUUAUUAUUAUUUGGUUAUCAUUUGGAUGUACAAAAGAAGAAAAAAUGUUACUAGCUGUAAAGUUCUGAAGAAAAA